AUGAGCGAAGCUAACUUGUCUGAGUCUUUCUUUCCACUUGAUAAAACACAGGAAAGUGAUUAUGGGAUUAGUGAAGAAGAUCUUAAUCUUCCUGUCACUCACAAUAUGUGUGUAGUUUAUAGAUUUAUUCAGCAGGAGAAUAAAUUUGAUUUUGACUCAAACAAGAUCAGAACGUAUGAAGUUAUUGAAGGAAAAGUUGACAAGGAAAAGUUCAACUAUCAUUUUGAUUUAAUAAACAAUGACCGCAAUUUAACCCCUCCUUCAGCCUUUUAUAAGUUUGGAAUAACUUUACUUGCAGUUUGCAUGAUGAUGAGUUUGUUGUUGAUAUUACUUUUAAUAUGAGCAAUUUUAAUUCUUGAUUUAGUGAUUUUGGCAUUGGCAAUAUACAUAAUGAAAAGGUCAGGAAUUUUAAUUUGGGUUUGGAGAGCACAAGUGCUGGAUCGGGCUUGGUUUCCUGGACUUAGAAAACUGCUAAUUGAGCUAAAUGAAGAAUAUAGCCGAGUUGGUCUUCACUGGACCUUAGAUAACGAAGGAAAAUGGCUACAGCUUGGCCAAAAAGAAGUCGAUCACUGUGUAUUUAAUUAA